GGUUCAGAGCCUGACAGCACCGAUUCUGAUUACUGGUCUGGUCAGGUGGACGCAAAUCCUAUUUCUCAUCGCUCUACUUAUCCCCGCCCCGAUGCUCCUACUGGCCUCCUACAUGCUCCGGUAUCGACCUCUGCCCACAUAUCGAGAAAGGAGGAAGAAAGAGUCGACCAGGUCGGAAUCCACGCACAAGUCAUUGGCUCUCAUGUCUGACUCCAAGUUGUCGCUGCCCCUAUCCAUUUCCCCCAAGCUCACACCUCAAAAGGGAGACCGGUCUACUGCAGCCACCGCCAGAUGGUCCCAUUUUCUCGAGACAAAGCCAUCAAUAUCCAACUUUGGCUACAACAGGCCUCGACCGCAUACUGUCCUCGGUGGCGCUACACACAUCCAGCUUGAUGCUACUGACAUCGCUGAGCAGGACCGUCUCACCAAGCGCGCGAUGGCUCGUCGAUCCACCGAUGUUUGGCUGGAAAGUGGACAUGCUAUCCAGGGCGGCUCUCGGCUGUCCCGGGUGGGGGAGAUGCUCAAGCCGGUGCCUGCCAUGCGCAUAUUGGAUGUCCCUGUAGAGCGACCACAGCAAAAGAAGAUCAUCCAGCUCCGAGGUGGCAUAGUGUCCAUGCUGUCAAACCGCCUCAGCGAUCACGCUCCGGCAACGUCUGAGAGCGUAGAACACUGGGCAAACUUUGGCCAUGGACGCGUUCCUGACAGCCCUGUCACCAUCCAGAUCACUUCACCGGACAAGCGUGAUGUAAGGCGUGCCAGCCGCGCAACAGUGCAGUCCAUGGGGAGUGAGGACUUGGAGCACUCUGGCGAAAUGGAAGGAUGCUCUCUCCCGUCGGCUGAGAUUCACCACGCGACACGAGGGAGGAUGAGUGCCGGACCUACAGUAGUGCUUGGGAAACAAGACCAAGGGGAGUCAUAUGAAAUGGACUGGUUGACGGCGGGCGUCUUGCCAAAGUGAGCGGCAAGACGAUCCUGUCGAACUUGCUGACUGUUCUUCAGCCUGGUGCCUCGUCUCAAAAUUGGCUCUGAAAUUAAGAUCGCCCCAG